AUGCAAGCAUGUCGGCAGUCGGUCAGAUGGCUGACCACGGCAUUGAGGAGACCUUCCUCUCGAUAUCCUCCCUUGCUUGUCGAAUACUGUCCCAAGCAUUUUCGCGUCUUUAGCAACUGUGUUAGUCGAGCCGCAGCCGCCGCGACCAAACCGCCCUCAGAUCUCGAACUGCGCAUAUCAGCUAUACCGAUUGACCGAUAUCGCAACUUCUGUAUAGUUGCUCACGUUGAUCAUGGCAAAAGCACACUUUCGGAUCGCCUCCUGGAAUUAACAGGAACCAUUGAGCCAGGCGCAAACAAACAGGUGCUCGACAAGUUAGACGUGGAGCGGGAACGUGGUAUUACUGUAAAGGCGCAGACCUGCACUAUGCUCUAUAACCACCAGGGUCGUGACUAUUUGCUCCACCUAGUCGAUACGCCAGGCCAUGUCGAUUUUCGUGCUGAAGUGUCUCGAAGCUAUGCGAGUUGCGGAGGGGCUUUGUUGCUUGUAGACGCCAGUCAAGGUGUCCAAGCCCAAACCGUGGCGAAUUUUUAUCUUGCAUUCGCGCAGGGACUGGAGCUGGUGCCGGUCAUCAAUAAGGUAGACCUUCCGUCCGCCGACCCGGAGCGCGCGUUGGACCAAAUGAAAACAACCUUUGAAUUGGACACGGACAAAGCUGUUCUUGUUUCAGCAAAGACGGGCUUGAAUGUGCACAAACUCUUACCUACAAUAGUUGAGCAAAUUCCAGCCCCUACCGGCGAUUUAUCAAAGCCUUUGCGAGUUCUUCUUGUUGAUUCAUGGUAUGAUACGUACAAAGGAGUCAUUCUUCUUGUUCGUGUCUUCGAUGGUGAAAUACGACCAGGUGAUCAACUGGUGUCUUUCGCUACAGGAAAGAAAUAUAUCGUAGGCGAUGUUGGCAUCAUGUACCCCAAUCAAACUUCCCAAACAGUGAUACGAGCUGGCCAGGUUGGCUACGUAUAUUUUAACCCUGGCAUGAAGCAAAGCAAGGAGGCUAAAAUUGGCGAUACAUUCACAAAGGCGGGCUGUGAGAAACUUGUCGAAGCUCUUCCCGGCUUUGAAGAACCGAAGGCGAUGGUUUUUGUUGCCGCAUACCCAGUGAAUGCUGAUGACUUUUCUCAUUUAGAAGAAAGCAUUAAUCAGCUGUUGUUGAAUGACCGCAGCAUUACAGUAAAAAAGGAGUCAUCCGAAGCCUUGGGUGCGGGCUUUCGGCUCGGUUUUUUGGGAACCUUGCAUUGCUCGGUUUUCCAGGAUCGCCUCCAGCAGGAGCAUGGGGCUAACAUCAUCAUCACGCCUCCUAAUGUUCCUUGUAAGAUACUAUGGAAGAGCGGAGAAGAAGCCACCAUCACUAAUCCGGCAGAAUUUCCUGAUGAUGACUCCGCACGAAUGAAAGUAGAAGAAUUUCAAGAACCCUACGUCCUUACGACGUUGACCUUCCCACACGAGUAUCUCGGCAAAGUUAUUGAGCUUUGCGAAGGCAACCGCGGAGAGCAAAUUAGCCUUGAAUUCUUUACAGCGACACAAGUCAUCCUCAAAUAUGAGCUACCGCUCGCACAGCUUGUGGACGACUUCUUCGGUAAACUCAAAGGGCUGACAAAGGGCUAUGCAAGUUUGGACUAUGAGGAAUCUGGCUGGCGAAAGAGCAACAUCGUCAAGCUGAAGCUAAUGGUCAACAAAGUUCCGGUAGAUGCAGUAUCGCGUGUUGUUCAUACCAGCCAAGUUUCCAGGCUAGGCCGGCAAUGGGUUGGCAAGUUCAAAGAGCAUGUCGACCGGCAAAUGUUCGAAGUUGUCAUCCAGGCAGCGGUGGGAAACAAAAUCGUGGCAAGAGAGAGCAUCAAACCAUACCGCAAGGACGUUCUAGCGAAACUUCAUGCCAGUGAUGUUACGCGUCGCCGCAAACUUUUGGAGAAGCAGAAGGAAGGGAGGAAGAAACUUCAGGCAGUGGGAAAUGUGGUCAUCGAACACAAGGCGUUCCAGGCCUUUCUGUCCAAAUAA